AUGGACGAUAAAACUUUGCAAAUGUUUAUGAUGGGCAUUGCAGAAGACCGCCGUCACCAAUGUCGGCACAGUACACUAUUAUAUCGCACCGAUACCUUUACUCAUGAACCUCAACUGUUUAUGGAAUUUAACUUGGAUAUGAACUUGGUACUCGUCGACAAUGGCAUUGUAUCGAAACCCUACUGUAAACAAAAAGGUAACGUUCCAAUUAGGCAAGACGAGUUAGCCCAUUUUUAUAAAACAACGGAAACUGGAGGAGACUCAUCAAACAUUUAUCAAUACGGGUACUGGGUCUGUUUUGAACAGGAAGCCGACCCGACGCUGGUUCUUUGCCAAAAUAAGAAAUUCGAUUUGCAACUGGUGGCGUGUCGCGAUCAUAACGAAUGUGAAAUGAAAAGCGAUAAUUAUAUUUGGCCGGACGUGAAAAACAUUGGGUUUGUAACAGAGUUACUAUAUUUUUCUCGGGAAAUAAAAGAAGCGGCGGCAACAUCGCGCGCCGAUCCGAUUCCCUCUUCUCAACCGCCCGAGUGGGGCAUCGACCGCGACCAUAAAUACGGCGGCGGACCGUCGAUUCGAAGAGACAUCCGUUCGUCUCCACACCGACCGCGCGUACCAAGGUACCAACAGCCCAGACCACCAGCGCCUAGACCACCGACCACCGACCACCGAGACGGUUGUAAUAUGGCAUACGAAGAGCUCAUUAGAAACGCGUUGAUUUCGGUUAGUUUCAAGUACCCCAAGUACAAAACAUUUACGGAAGAACUAGUAAAGGGCACGGCCGGUAAAGCUGAAAAAUGGCAGCUUGUCCUCGGAUCGAUUUCGCAAACGAAAAGUGGUAAAGUUUUCUGUGAUCGAAUCAUAACGGAUUUGUGGGACACGUUCACCAAAGAGAUGUACGUAGAUGCAAAUGGCCACAUUUUCAACGCAAAACUAAUGGACGCAAUUGCUGCGGACCCGGUCGAUUGGAAUCGUCUGGAACGGUUCAAUAGGACAUUCGAGCAGAAAUUCGUCUUCUUGACCAGAUAUGCAUUGCAGUACGAAUGGCCCGAAUUUAUGUAUAGUCGUGUGGCCCUUUUCACGCACAGCAUUGUGUCGGAGACACUUCAUUUCACUGUGGAUGAAUUUUAUGAGGGUUUGGUGCAACAAGACUUCUCGCCGAGCGGACAAAUUCUGCGGCAUAUCGGUACCAAAUUAUCAACAGAAUCCUGUGCAGUUUUGCGAGAAUUUCGUCAAAAAUCAUGUACAGAAGACCACCAGACCAUUAAACAGCUACGAAGCACUGAAAACAUCGAGCAUUACAAAUUUUUGGCGGACUGUAUGAGCGCUCCGAACCGCAAUAUUGUAUCCAAUUUUAAUCAAAGUAUUGCGGACGUACGCGUAUUGGAGGUACUGCUUAAAUCGAACUCUAUGUCGGCCAACGUUGACCGUCCAUCGAAUCAUCUUUUUACAAUCGGCAUACUCGACGAUUUCAUGAUGGCCGUAAGACAAAAUACAGCAUGGGGAAUGUUUGCCACCGACGAUGAAAUUUAUUCGAGCGCCGUUUAUCGAAAAAUGAAAGGCGUCCAUAGGUUUGCAAAGACCAUUACGGCUCGUGGAUUAAUGAACGUUAUUUGUCAGCGAAUUCUCGCGAAUGGCAAACCUUCGAUAAUAUUUCUGGAUCAUAUGAACAAGUUUAGUCAAUUUCCGAACAGUCAAAAACGUCCGAUCGGAAGCUCUAACCUCUGUACGGAAAUUACGCUGCACAUGAAAGACGACGAAUGUGCGACCUGUUGUGUGGGCACCCUGAAUGUGAAAAAAAUUUGUAAGAAACUACCAAUACGGUGUACCGAUAUCGACUUGGACGCGUUAAAUACUAAAAUAGCUAUGCUCGUAGAUAUAUUGAAUACCACACAGGCAACAAGUAGGUUCGAAUACAGUCUUAAAUAUCGACCGCUGGCGAUUGGCCUGUUAGGGUUCAGCGACACAUUUUCUACUCACGAGAACAAUGCUUAA